AUGGACGGUGAUCCGGCAGUCGAGCCCGAGCUCGACUCCUUCAGCUUGACCUUCCCCCUGCCCUAUCGCGUUGGCUUCAUCGUCGUGCUCGCCGUCUGGCUCUGGGGCGUCAACCUGCAGUACCUCGCGCGCCUCAAGAUCGAUGUGCCCUCGCUCAUCCGCUACCCGGCGCGCAACUCGAUCCACCAGCCGCCGCACCACCUGUCGACGUACCGCCUGGCCACGCUGCUGUCGGCCAUCUACGCCUUCAGCCUGCUGGUCUUCUGGCUCUUCACCCACCGCAACCCGGCCCUGGUGCUCGCCUGGGACUGGCUGCCGCUGACCUACCUGCUCGUGCUCAUGGCCGUCUUCCUGGCCCCGCUGCAGGACCUGUCGAGCGCCGGCCGCCGCCGCUUCCUCAGCACCCUGCGCCGCGUCUCGGUCGGCGGCAUCGCCGAGGCCAAGGACGGCAAGUUCGGCGACAUCCUGCUGGCCGACGUGCUGACCUCGUACGCCAAGGUCUUCGGCGACCUGUACGUCGCCCUGUGCAUGUUCUUCCGCACCGACGGCUCCGCCACGGCGCGCCCGGACCGCAGCUGCGGCGGCACCGUCAUCGUGCCGCUGAUCAUGGCCAUCCCCAGCAUGAUCCGCCUGCGCCAGUGCCUGAUCGAGUACGGGCGCGUGCGCCGCGGCCGCAUGGACGAGAAGACGGGCUGGGGCGGCCAGCACCUGGCCAACGCGCUCAAGUACAGCACGGCCUUCCCCGUCAUCGUCUUCUCGGCGCUGCAGCGCAGCCGCGGGCCCAGCCCGGCCCUGUACCGGAUGUGGGUGGCGGCCUGCGUCGUCAACUCGGCCUACUCGUUCUACUGGGACGUGGCCAAGGACUGGGACCUGACGCUGUUCGCGGGGGCGCGCGAGCGCGCCGCCCCCGACCACGCCUUCGGCCUGCGCCGCAGGCUGUACGUCGGCCCGCCGGGCCUGUACUACGGCGUCGUCGGCCUGGACCUGCUGCUGCGCUGCACGUGGAGCCUCAAGCUCAGCCCGCACCUGGACCACUUUGCCGACUUUGAGAGCUCCAUCUUCGUCAUCGAGUUCCUCGAGGUCUUCCGCCGCUGGGCCUGGAUCUUCUUCCGCGUCGAAACCGAGUGGAUCCGCAACAACGCCGGCCCCGCCCUCCCCGGGCCCGUCCUGGACGACGGCGCCGGCGUCGGCCAGGGCAUCCUGCUCGGCGACUACGGCGGCGGCAACGGUGGCAAUGGCCACUACAAGGACGACGACGAUGACUGA